CAGCAUACCUUAUUGCCUAUUGGCUGUACUCAGACGCUUCAUUAAUCCAUUAGCCGGUCUCCCGGGUGCUCGCCACCCGGUAAACUGGUUUUUAUCAUUUUCAAUUUUUACAUUAACCACGAUUGUAAAUGUACCACAGAAUCAUCUGUGGAUUUGAUAAUAUCAAAGAACAAACAAGAAACGACACUCUCAACUCUAUGACUCAAGGUCACCCAUUUAUUUAACACGGAAAGAUAGGGAGUGUCGAACCCCUGAUAAUAAUUUAAUAUUCUUUAUAAUCGUACUUACAAUCACUGUUAUCAUCAUUACUAUAAUUUUUUGUGAUAAAAUAUAAUUUUGCCGCCAUUUCCAACAAGUAUCAUUAUUCUUUAUUUGAGUGUUGAGUCCAUAUCAUUUUUCGGAAAAUUGAAAUCCACCAAUAAUAAGCAUAAUCACAUAGCUACUAAGCUACUAUAAUAAUAUAAUAUAGUAUAUUGAUAUUAGUUCAGUAUGAAUAACAAAAAUAUUAAUUUUGUGUAAAAGUGUAAUUGAAAAGCCAUAAAAUGGACUACUUGGAUCCAGAUGAAGAAUAUGAAAUGAUGCAUGCGGAUGAAUUGGAAAUGAUGAAUGAAAUGGACUUUACAACCGAUGCUGUUAAAAUAUGCUCACCAAAAGAUACAAGACGAAGUUUAAAGUUUUCUUCUAAUGAAAAAGUUGAAUCUGAAAGAAAUAUCAAUUUGUCAAGUGAAUUAAAUGGUGUAUUUCCUUUAUCUCAAACAUCAGUAGUUUCUUUUAAUCUAGAUGAUAGUAAUUCAGAUGAAGUACUACAAAGUACUUCAGAAUCUAUUACUAUCAACAAUAAAAGGUCUUUAAAUGUUCAAGAUCUAUUUGGAAACACAGAUGAUAUUAAUUUUGAUGAUGAAGAGUUGGAACCUGUAUUAAAACGUCCAAAAGUAGAUGAUCCAUUAUCUGACAAAGAUAUUAAACAGCAAGAAUUAAUAAAAAAAAUCAUUGAUCAAAGAAAAAUAUUCAAAUCUGGGAAAAGAUUCAAUUUUUUAUCAUCUACAUCUUACAAUAGCUUAAGUCAUAUUCGUCCUUAUGAAAGUGUAUCAAGGAGAGUGCCAUCAUGGUCUUUUUUUCCUGCAAGUGAUGAUGAAAAUCAAAGAUUAUACAUUCGUUUUCGAUCCGCGGAUGCUGUACAAGAAGAAAUAUCAAGUUUAUCGUGGCAUACAAAAUCAGUACAAUUGCUUUCAGAGCCUAUUGAUGAAUUGAUUGCACGUGCUUAUGAGAAGAUUGAGAAUAAUGAAGCUAUGCGAUCAGGAAUAAAUCAAAAUGACGUUAAUGUCUUGGGGAAUGAUAUUGAUAAUACAGCAGAAUUGUGGGUUCAGAAAUAUAAGCCAAAUAGAUAUUUGGAUUUGUUAAGUGAUGAAAGUACUAAUAGAAUGUUAUUGCAUUGGCUAAAACUAUGGGAUAAAGUAGUAUUCAAUAAGGAAGUCAACAAAAAAAGAAAAGCUACUAAUGAUGUUUAUGAUAAAUCAGCAGGAAAUAAAUUUACAAAAAAGAAUCAAACUUUAGAUGAAGGAUUGGAUGAAAAUAAUUGUCCUAAGUAUAAAUUAGCAUUGCUAUGUGGACCACCUGGUCUUGGGAAAACUACUUUAGCUCAUUUGGUAGCUCGACAAGCAGGCUAUAAUGUUGUUGAAAUGAAUGCUAGUGAUGAUCGUAACAUUAGUGGUUUUAAAAGACAACUUGAAGCUACUACACAAAUGUGUUCUGUGAUGAGUAAUGAUUCAAGGCCUAAUUGUUUAGUGUUGGAUGAAAUUGAUGGAGCACCUGUUGCAUCUAUUGAUUUUUUAAUAAAGUUUGCUACAGAAAAACGUGUAACUCGUAAAAAAAAAACUGAUAAAAAAGAAGAAAAAGGUUCCAUAUUAAAAAGACCAAUUAUUUGUAUUUGUAAUGAUGUUUAUGUACCAGCUUUGAGAAAUUUGAGACAACACGCUUUUGUAUUAAAUUUUCCACCUACUUCAUCAGUUAGAUUGGUAGAAAGAUUAAUGGAAAUAUCAAGUUAUGAAAACAUUAAAACAGAUAUGGGUGCAAUGACCGCACUUGGCACCAAAACAAAUAAUGAUAUAAGAUCAUGUUUGUCAACAUUGUCAUGUUUUAAAAAUCAAUCAGUACGUUUAUCGCAUGUGAAAAAUGCAAACAUUGGCUCAAAAGAUAUGCAAAAAGGACUUUUUACUGUAUGGCAAGAAAUAUUUCAAAUAAAAAAAAGCUGUUUUGAGAACAAUCCAAAUAGUACAAGUGACGGUUUUUCAAGUCAUAAUAAUGUUAUGAAAGACAGAAUAAACAGUGUUUUAAAAACUGUUCAGAGCUAUGGAGAUUAUGAAAAGCUUAGUCAAGGGAUUUUUGAAAAUUAUUUAAUCCUAAAGCACAAAGAUUCAUCAUUAACAAAUAUUACUGAAGGCUUAGAAUGGUUUUGUAAUUUUGAUAAGACGAUGCAUGUGAUUAAUUCUUCCCAGAAUUACUCUUUAUUUCCUUAUUUGCCAUAUAAUUUUGCUACAUGGCAUUGUUUAUUUGCUACAUUUACAUGGCCUAAAAUUACUUACCCAAGUGCUGCAUAUGAAGCAACAAUGAAAAAAAACAAAUAUAAACAAAUCAUGGAUGAAUUAAUGUCUGGUAUUAUUCCAAGUAUUCGAACAUUUCUACAUCGUGAUCAAGUUUUAUUAGACACUAUGCCAUUACUUAUGCAUAUUGCUGUUCCAAAUCUUAGAUCUAUUAGUACACAAUUGUUUACUCAAAAAGAAAAAGAAGAUCUUGCAAAAGUUGUCAAUAUCAUGAUUGAUUAUGGCUUAAAUUUUUUUCAAGAAAGAGAUGCUGAUGGGUCUUUUAAUUUUGUUCUUACUCCAUGUGUUGACGAUGCAGUAAGAUUUCCUGGGUUGGAUACAUUUCCAACAUCUAGCUAUGCUACCAAACAACUUAUUUCUAGAGAAAUAGAAUUGGAAAAUUUGAGAAAGAGAAUGCCUUCUGCAGAACUUAAUAAUGUUACUGUAGAACCUGAUCAGUUUGAUGAAAAUGAAAAAAAUAUUUCUACUCCAAAAAGUGUUAAAGGUGCCAGAAAUAAGCAAGUAACACCUAAUCAUUUACAAAGACUUACACCCAAAAUUGUUGGCCCUACAAAAGUUACUAAAAAGAAAGAUUUCUUUGGUCGCGAAAUCGAUUCACCCGUCGGGCACAAACACAGAGAAUUUAGAGACGAAAUCGUGAAAAGUGACGUUUGGUUUCAUUUCAAAGAAGGCUACAGCAACGCAGUGAGAAAAGCAGUAUUAAUGAAAGAUCUUUAUUGAACAAUUUUGUUGUAUUAAAUUAAUUUUUAUAUUCUUAACUUUUUAUUUUUAAGUAUUUUGAAGUUUGAUUUGAUUUAAUUUAUUUUGAAUGUAUAGAUUAUUUUUUUUUAAUACGUGGCUGUUAAUUUUUCAAACAAUAUAGUAUUUUGAGUUAAGUAAAAUAUAAUUUGUAUAUUAUAUGUAUAGAGGUGCUCGUAUAAUUUAUUAAUUAUUAUACUGUACGGUUACACCGUGAGUACAUUUAAAAUUAGAGUGUUGAAUUAUUAUUCUAAUGUUUUUUUACUAGUCAUUACUUAUUGUACCCUGCAUUAUGUUGUCAAUAAGUAUUUUGUUAUAUUUUUGUUCCCCUAUAUUGAUGACGAUAUUGCAAGUUGUAGUCUAUUGUAUGACAGUGUUUGCUUUAAGUGUAUAAUAUAAUGUACUGAAGCUUACCGGAUUAUUAAAAAAUCAUCAGAGCCAUAUAAUAUUAAAUGGGGUGGUCCAAAAGUAAUGAUGUCACUGCAGUUCUAAAGGGAUGAUUCAAUGAUCGUAUAUAAAUAUUAGGGUAGUCAUAUGUUAGACUAAGGGCUUGUAAAAAAAUAGUGGUAAAAUGUAACAAUAACGAUUAAUGCUAAUACGUAUAAUCGAUUUCCAAUUUUUUAUUUUUGUACUUGUUAAUUAUUAUACCAUAAUAUAAAUAAGUAACUACUUAAUAAAUAACUACUUACAUACUACCACCAAGAUGUUGAAUGUAUUCAAAUUUUUGCCAUGAGGUUACAUUUUAGUUAGACUGUUCAUUGAUUUGACAAAAUAAAGCAAAUUCUAAAGGCAGCUAUUCUCCAACAGUUCAAAGGUUCGGAAAAAUACUUAAUAAUAUAGACGAUAGACUUAAUGAUAAUUAUAAUAAUAAGUAUAUAAGUAUAUUAGCAUGUUACUUUGAUUAAAAUAUAAAUUCUUGAAAGUUUUUAAUUUUUAAUUAUUUAUAGAGUGGAACUGAAUUGUAAUUUAUUGACCAAAGUAUAUAUUAUUAUCUAGGUACACAUUCAUAAAAUGGAAAACGUUUUGUAUUAGAAGAUGCAGUUAUUAAUUUUAAAAUGAGCGCAUCUAUUGCAUUUUUCUGAGUUUCGAAUAUUAUCGAUACUAUAAUAUAAAAUCACCGAAAACGCGGCUGUAUUAUGGUAAUUACAGACAAUACCGUAUUACCGCGGUUACAAUCGUUGAUACUGCGGUAAUGAACAAUAUACCGUGGAUACCGAUAUCAAAAUUUGAAAUACCACCAGCCCUAUCCGUAGACAUAAAUCGUAUUAUCGUACUCUCGAUUUGCGUGAAAACAGUCGGAAAUCGUUAGAACUGUUCAACUGUAUAGACCGAAGAAUCGAAACGCACGCGAUACACUUUCCGGAAGACUUCUAAACACGCGCGGACGCAUCGUCACGCCAAACGCGUUCCUUCCUACCGCCCGUCAAUGGUGCGGCACGCGCUCCCGAAAUUGAAAUCGGCACCGGCAAAAUCCAAAGGGAUAAGCGAUGCACGCAGCGGGGCGCUUGCUAUUCGCGACUCGUCAUUGUUGACUGGUUUUACCAGGAUUAUUAGAAUUAUACACACCGUCGUCGUCGUUUUUCAUCCGAAAUCCAAGACGAAGCUGAUCGUCUGAUGGACGAAAUAUAACAAUGUCCGCCGUCGUCGCCCGGUACCGUUUCUGAAAUUACGCUGCAGGUGAUAUCUGAAAACAGGUUGUUACCAAUUAUAUUAUAUUAUUAUAAAAAAUAUUAACUCAAAUUUUAUUUAUGAUUGGUUAUUGGUUAGUACCUACCUAUGUAUUUGUAUUCAUUAAUUAAUUAUUUGCAAAUUCAGUGAUUUUUAAUUAUGCAUAUUUGUUUAUAUUGUAACUAACUAACUUCGCAACAAAAUCGGAACAUUUGUUAUUUCCUGCAUGUUUUUGAGCACGCCAAGAUGUGCGCUAUAUUUUGUUCCCAUGUAGCCUGGGCCAAGUUACUUCUUUUCUUAAUUCACUUUAAAAAUCUAACCUAACCGUAUAGUUAGUGCCUGCAGAAAGUUAAAAAAUAAAAUGUAUAUAGUUAAAAGAGAGAUGUGACUCGCAAAUUUUAAAUAUUUAGGUACUUACAAGUAGAUAGAUAAAUACUUAAUUAAAUUAUAUUAAUUUGUAAAAUCCAAAUAAACAUACUUAUGUAUAUUGGUAGCUUACUUAUUGUACCUAAUAGUUUUUAGUAAUCUGUUCAAAUGUAUAAAAUAUGUAUAAUCGAGUUUUCCUUUCUUUCCGUACUCUUAAAAAUUGCUGUAGGGAUACAAUCUACAGUUAUUUGUAAAAGUUAAGAUGAGCUCGCACUAAUUUUUAUACCGAGUCAAAUGAACUUACAUUUUUGAAUAAAAAGAUGUAUAAUAAUAGAUAAUAAUAAAUACCCUACUUAAUUACAUUUUUUAUGUUAUAAAUCAUAAUGUCAUACUUAAUUACAUAUUUAUAAAUAGAGUAUGCCCAAUCGUCCACAAAUCAAAUAUCUAAUGUAAAAAAUUAUCUUCAAAACUAGGUAAUUUUAAUUUUUUCAAUAUUUAUAUUAUUUAUUAGUUAAUACCUACGUUAUAAGCUAAUUUAGCAAUUGAGAUUCCUAAUCUCAAGGCGCAGUGGUGUUAGAGCAAUCAAUGAUUAUUAAAUUAUAUAUGAUUUAUUUCGGACAUCAUAAUAUAUUUUAUUAAUAUUAUAUUAUAAUAUAUUAAAUAAAAAUAUUCCAACAUAAAAUGUAGUCAGCACGUUCCUGUGGAUAUCAUCUACACGUAUUAUAUAUAUUGUACAGUGCAUACGUAUAAUAAUAUACAACAUACCACGCAGCCAAGGAUGAUGUAUGCGUAUAUAUUAUAUAUUGUACGACAUACAUAUAAUAUAAUAUUCAUGGUAAAUUACAAACUGAAUAUAUAUAAUAUAUAGAUAUGUGCGCGCACGGGUUCGUUUCCACAGGCGAGUUAUGUAGUUAUAUACAAAGGGGUGGACAAGUGGUGGGGAUGUUAGGUUAUAUUGUAAAGUGACCAAAUUCGAUUCGUGUCCGCCAUUUCGUUUGUGAUUUCAUUUCAGCCACCGCGCUGUAGCGCAAACAUUAUGCAAUCCUUUUGAACCUCACCGCCACCGCCGUCGUCCUUUGCCAACGAUGCGUUUCGCCCUAUAACCCUCUGAAACCUCCUCCUCCACUCCUUUGUUGCCUAUACACCGUUACCAGCCAUCGCGCAGUACCUAGGAUAUGGAAUACGAAAAUCCCAUUUGCGGCAGCCACACGUAUUCGGAUUUAAUCAAAACUCUUCCCCCCUACCCCUCUUCAAACAAGCUUCUCCCCCGACCAUCCCUGAAAAAGUCUGCCCCAAAUACGUAGGUGUAUGUAUAUAUACAUAUAAUAUAACUACAUAAUAAUAAUUAUACAUGCACCGUGCUCGAGUCCCAAAUUAUUAUUAUUAUUAUUAUUAUUGCGUAUUCGAUGCUUUAAUAUAAUAAUAAUGUACUAAUAUAAAGGUAGGUCAUAGUUGCUGGCGUAUAGCAGCAGAUAGGUGCGUAUAGCGAUAUUAUAAAGUAGUUAAAUAUUAUGCGCGUUGUAUGUUGGUAUAAUUGCAUGUAUGUACUAUGUAUGUAUUUGUAAUUAUAUAAAUACCUAUUAUAUACGUAUAUACUAUAUAGUAAACACUUACAUUAUACAAUAUAUUUUUAUGUAUUAUUAUUAAUAAAUAAACGUCAGGAAUUGCAAUAAAUUAA